UCUUAGCUGGCCAACGUAUCCCAUGCCGUGUUGGUUACACUCGAGCAAUAUCAUGCCAGCAGGUUACAGGAACACAAGUGGGUUUGCUGCAGACCCUGCGGUGUAACGGGAUGAAUAGCACAUGUAUCUUCCGUUAACGCCGAGCUCUCAAGGGGAUGUUAUAGAUUGGCGACAUUCACCUUGCCAUAGCCAUCAAAAUAUCUCCCUGAAGACGACAAGCAGCCAACACGUCAAAGCCUCAGCUAGGCCCGUCCACUUCCACAACACUCACCAAGAUGUGCGCAGUAACACGUACAGUCCGCUCCUCUUCCUCCCCCCUCCAUCACCCACUAACCCAACUCCCCUCCAAAAAGUCACCGUCCUCCCAACCUGCAAACACGAACUCUCAACCGUAACCUUCUGCCCCGACGCAACAGCAACCCACCAAGCCUUCCUCUCCAUCCGCGCCAACAGCAGCACAACAGGCAGCAGCCGUCAGAAAGACCCACCACCCGCCACUUGCACUAGAAGUCUAGGCUGGCUGCUUUACAAACAGAUCGCCGGGCCGGUGGGGUGUACGGUGUGUUUGCGGUGGCUGGAGAUGAACGGGAAGGAGAUGUUUUGUGAUUUUGGGGGAAAGGGGAAGAGGGUGAGGAUUGAGGUACCUGGGGUUAGUGGGGAUAGUAGUGGGAGUAGUGAGGAGGAGGAUAUGGAGAUUGGGGUUGGAGAGAAGGCUGAGAGUGACGAGAUGAUGAUGGCGAGGUUGCAGGCUUCUAUGUCGCCUGAGGCGAUGAUGAGGGGGAAUCCGUGGUUUGGUGGUUCGCGGGUUGGUGGGAGGAGACUGUGAGAUGGGGUGUAGUUGGUGAUGAUCUGCUUUUUGGUUGAGAUGCGUCGCGCUCAGAGCAGAAUCAUGAGGCGCGAGCUGGUCUAUUUCUUUUUUAACGGCAAGCAGGUGGGAAUUGGAACGGCGAGCCUCCUCUCCAGC